UUUUUCUCCUUGACUAUAGACACAAUAACAACACUCCUAGACAUACAGACACACAUACAUCUGGAGCAGAUCCAGGAUGGAGCUGUACCUGGCCUUUCUGCUGGGGAUCCUGCCCACUGCAGCUCAAGAAUGGCGGCGUCCUGUGAUCAAGCUAAACUCAGAGGUCGUGGUUGGGUCUGAAGUAGUACUGAACCCUGGCACCCCAUUGGUCCUGAGGUGUGAGGGGGAUGGGCCAGUCAACUGGCUGACCCGGUUGUCCAAACACAAGAGCUUAAUCUCCAAGGGCAAUGGGAGAGUCAGAACCUUCAGGGUGGACCGCCCCUCUGCAGAACACACUGGGACAUAUAAAUGUGAAUAUACCAGUGUGAACGUCAAGGUUCGGGACUUGUUCUCUACGGUGCACGUGUAUGUGAAAGACCCAGACAGCCUGUUUUGGACCAGCAGCGCAUCCCUGCGUGUGGUGAGGAAGGAGGGGGAGGACCACCUGCUCCCCUGCCUGCUGACCGACCCAGAGGCCACAGACUUGGGGCUCCGCAUGGACAACUGUACCUCCGUGCCCCCAGGGAUGAACUACACAGCAGACCCCCGCAGAGGCAUUCUCAUCCGCAACCUCCACCCCAGCUACAAUGCAGACUAUGUCUGCAGCGCCAAACUCCACGGGGUGGAGAGGACUUCCAAGACUUUCAACCUCAACAUCAUCCAAAGGCUGCGUUUCCCACCUUAUGUAUUCCUGGAAAAGGAUGAGUAUGUUCAUAUCGUGGGCGAGAAGCUGAGCAUCCACUGCACCACACACAACCCCAACUUCAACUAUAAUGUUACGUGGAAUUACACUUCCAAAAAGAGAUUUACAAUAGAGCAGAAAGUCCAAUCAGUUGACAGUAACCGUCUGGACAUUGAAAGCAUCCUGACCAUCCCUGUAGUGGACCAGUCAGACACAGGCAACAUUACCUGCAUCGGCACCAACGAGGCUGGAGUCAACAAAUCUACCACCUCCCUGAUGGUUGUAGAGGAGGCCUACAUCCGUCUUUCUCCCCAGCUGUCCUCCAAGCUGGCUCACCAGGGCCUGUCCAUUGACGUGAACGAGGGGGAAGACCUGAAACUCAGUGUCCUGAUCGAGGCGUACCCUCAGAUCACAGGCCAGCACUGGGACACCCCUACAGCCUCCUCCACGCAGGAACAAACCUUUACACGUUAUAACAACAGGUAUUCCGCUACCCUGCUGCUCAAGAGGAUGAUUGCACAGGAGCAGGGCCAGUACACCUUCUAUGCCAAUAGUUCCAUGGCCAACGCAUCCAUUACAUUCCAAAUCCAAAUGUAUCAGAGGCCGGUUGCCGUGGUGAGAUGGGAGAACAUCACCACCCUCACGUGCACGUCGUUCGGUUACCCUGCUCCCAUAAUCCUCUGGUACCAGUGCUCUGGAAUCCGAACCACGUGCAAUGAGAACGCAACAGGUCUCCAGAUGCCUGCUCCUCUCUUGGCCCAAACAGUCGAGGUCCAGAGGGAGGAGUAUGGAGCGGUCGAGGUCCAGAGCGUCCUGACAGUGGAACCGUCCAGCCAUAGGAUGACCGUGGAGUGUGUCGCCUUCAACCUGGUCGGAGUCGGUAAAGACACCUUCGCCAUGGACGUUUCCAAUAUAAUGUUCACCUCCACUCUAUUGGGAGCAGCUGUUGUGCUGGCCCUUCUCCUCCUGCUACUCAUGGUCCUGCUCUACAAGUACAAACAGAAACCGAGAUAUGAGAUCCGGUGGAAGAUCAUCCAGGCCAGUGAAGGAAACAACUACACCUUUAUCGACCCAACUCAGAUGCCGUACAAUGAGAAGUGGGAGUUUCCCAGGGACAAGCUCAAGCUAGGAAAGAUCCUAGGAGCCGGGGCCUUUGGGAAGGUGGUGGAGGCCACAGCCUAUGGUCUGGGGGAGGACGACAACGCGAUGCGAGUGGCUGUAAAGAUGCUCAAAGCCAGGGCCCACUCAGAUGAGAGAGAGGCUUUGAUGUCAGAACUGAAGAUUCUAAGUCACCUGGGACAGCACAAGAACAUUGUCAACCUCCUGGGAGCCUGCACUCAGGCGGGACCUGUACUGGUGAUCACUGAGUACUGUAGUCAUGGCGACCUUCUGAACUUCCUGCGACACAAGCAGGAGACCUUCCUGAACUUUGUCAUGAACAUACCAGCGGUACCAGAGGAGACCAGUGACUACAAGAACCUCUGUGAGGGGAAACAGUUCAUCAGAAGUGAUAGUGGGAUAUCCAGUGUGUGUUCUGACAGCUACCUGGAGAUGAGGCCUGGUCCCCAGCCUGUCAACUCCUCUCUGGACUCUGUGUGUGAGGAUGGUGGGCCGGACUCGUGGCCGUUGGACAUGGAGGACCUGCUGAGAUUCUCCUACCAGGUGGCUCAGGGCCUGGACUUCCUUGCAGCCAAGAACUGUAUUCACCGGGACGUUGCAGCUCGGAACGUCCUCCUGACAGACCUCCGUGUGGCUAAGAUCUGUGAUUUCGGCCUGGCACGUGACAUCAUGAAUGACUCCAACUAUGUGGUGAAGGGCAAUGCGCGUCUGCCAGUGAAGUGGAUGGCUCCAGAGAGUAUCUUUGACUGUCUCUACACUGUCCAGAGUGACGUCUGGUCCUAUGGGAUCCUGCUAUGGGAGAUCUUCUCUCUAGGAAAGAGCCCCUACCCCAGUAUCCUGGUGGAUACUAAAUUCUACAACAUGAUCAAGUGUGGUUAUCAGAUGUCUCGACCAGACUUCGCACCUCCAGAGAUGUAUACAAUCAUGAAAAUGUGCUGGAAUCUGGAGCCAACAGAGCGACCGACCUUCAGCAAGAUCAGCCAGCUGAUUGAGAGAUUACUGGGUGAGGAGCCAGAACGUCCAGAUCAGCACCAGAACAUCCAGCUGCAGCAGGACAUGACGGUCGAGGAGUUGGAGCCGUGUGAUGAUAAUGAUGAGCCUAAGUGUUGUGACGGCUCCUGUGACCAGUCGUGUGAGCACGAAGAGGAGGAGCAACCACUGGUGAAGACCAAUAACUAUCAGUUCUGCUGAAAGCAUAAUUCUAUUUCUAUGUCUGACAGCUCCGACAUCAUCAAACUGUCCACAUUUUGAUCUGGAAUUCAUCCACUUUCUAUCUUCUCCUGCUCACUGUAGAAUCAUUCUGGGAGCACAGAGCCAAAGAAAUGGAAUUGUGAUAUUUUGUUAAAGCAUUGAAAAUCAGUUUUUAGGCCUGUUUUACACUGUAUACAGACAGGAAGUAAUGUGGCUUGUUAUAUCCCAUGACAAGUUUUGGAAAAACAAAGGCGAUAGAUAGUGCCUUAGUUGUGUAAUUAAUAUAUAUAAUGCCUUAUUUUACAUGAAUUACUCUUAUUUGUUGUAUGUUUUGGAGAUGAUCUUUUAAAUCUAUGCACCAAAGAUGCAUCUACCCUGACAGAACAGAUUGUGUUGCUCACAGCUUUUUGUAGGCUAUUUGUACUUUUAAUGUACAUUACAUUCUUCUGUAGCCACUAUGGUGAGGGUUUAUCUAUUAUUUGAGGGAAAUGGGAACGAAUGCUGGUGGUGUUUGAAUUGACAUUUGUCAGCGGGUUCACUUUCACAUUGUAGGACUACCUUUUUCAACAUGCUAUGCAGCAGCAAGACAGUAGCAAACAAUGCAAUUGUAUAAUUUGUGCUUAGUUUGAUGCUGGACGUAAUAACAUGAGAUGCAAUCUAACUGGGGACCACAUUCCAUGUAUUGUCCUUCAGCAUAAACAUGCUGCAUGAAAUGCAUUGAAAUGGAUAUUGAGAUGCUAUUUACAUCAAUGAAAGCAUGUGUAUUGUUUAAAAAAAAAUCUCUAGCCAUAGUUGUUUUGUAUGACAGUCACAAUAUGACCGAAUCACGCAGCUGUCUAAAUGGCACAAGAUUUUAGUUGUGCGUUAACCAAUAUUACUUCAGACUCAGCCAGUCGACAUAUAGCCUAUAUGCUAUAUGCUACAGUAGGGAAUGAAAGGCAGAUAAAACUGUAUAAGGAAAUCUGUGGAUCACAGUAUUGACAACACAAAGGCUUUGUUUUUGAUUGAUUCAAUCGAUUCUUUAUUUUUGUAACACUCAAUAUUUUGAUGUUCAUUCAUUCGUCACUUCAUCAUUUUUGGGGGGUCAAUUACGCUGUAAAAAUGUUGAUUCAUUGUAUUGAAUGUAGAAUUCAGCUAAUACUGCCUACUGUAAUUAUGAUGAUUGCAGAUACAAGCUCUACGUCAAAGUGAAAAGCUAUAUGUCAGCUGUAAAUCCGAAUUGUUGUAAGACAUUUACUCGGAUUGUCAGCAGCUAUUCUGAAUACUGAGUUAAAAGGAGAGAAAACUAUGAGCUUUUUAUUAAAGGGAAAUUAAAAAAAAAAUCAGUUGCAUAUUCAUCAUCUCCAGCACCACCCCAACAUCAACAUGUGAAAAUGGCGCAUUUCUAUGUUUAUUUGUAAAAAAGAUAAAGAUAACUAUUUCCAAUGACAUCAUUGGUGUGUGUGGCUGAUGUGAAAUGGCUAGCUAGUUAGCGGUGGUGCGCGCUAAUAGUUUUUCAGUCGGUGACGUCACUUGCUCUGAGACCUAGAAGUAGUUGUUCCCCUUGGCGCGAUGGGUAACGAUGCUUCGUGAGUGACUGUGGUUGAUGUGUGCAGAGGGUCCCUGGUUUGAGCCCAGGUUGGGGCGAGGAGAGGGACGGAAGCUAUACUGUUACAUUGAUGCUGUUGAUCCAGAUCAGUGGUUGCUUCGAAAAAGGAUGAGGUCAAAAGGGGCGUGAUUGUGGCUGAUGUGAAAUGGCUAGCUAGUUAGCGGUGGUGUGCGCUAAUAGUGUUUCAGUCGGUGACGUUAUUCGUUCUGAGACCUAGAAGUAGUUGUUCCCCUUGCUCUGCAAGGGCCGUGGCUUUUGUGGCACGAUGCUUCAUGGUUGAUGUGUGCAGAGGGUCCCUGGUUUGAACCCAGGUUGGGGCGAGGAGAGGGAUGGAAGCUAUACUGUUACAUGUGCAUAAUGUGAUUUUAAGCAUUUAUGAGUAGGCAUUGUCAUCUAAUUGCUUGAUGUCAUUGGAAACACAGGCUGCCGUUACACGAUGAAACUUUCACGCAAUUUGAGUUGCUUUUCAUUGCUUCGUGAAAUAAUAAGCAACUCAUCUGCAACUUGGUUGCAAGCAACAGCCAAUCAAAACAAACGCUUUUGUCACAUUAUUCAUUCGAAGGUUAGGAAUUCUGACCCAGUUGUCAUGUCAACACAGCUGUCAGUGCUGUGCAGCACAAUCAGUGGUCAAGGUUGACAGAACAGAGACUAGCACAACAAGAGAUCAUAUACAAAUGAUUGUACAUGGUUUAGCAGUCAAUAAAUUAUAUUUUGAAAAAUGUCCACCAUGAUCUGUGCUAGCUAGCUGUGUUGGUGUUAGCAAUGUCAUUUUGGCUAGCUAACAAGCUAAAUUGUACAUAAUGCAUAUCUUCUAUAUCCUUGCUGUUACAAUAACCAAAUGGUUGGAUAAACAAUAAUUUGUGAAACCACAAUGUAACGCAGCAGAAGACAUGGGGAGAUUCUCAAACAAGCAGCUUCAAUUUGAUUGGCUGUUGCAUGCAAUUUUAAUCACGUUUGAGUAGCUGCAUGUAACAGCAAAGUUGCUUGAGAUGAUGUCACUUGCAACCUGCAACUGUAGCGAAAAUGUCGUGAAAGUUGCUUCAUGUAAGUCCAGCCUUAUCUUCCACUAUCUUUUUUUACUACAAAAUAUAGAAAUGCACAAAUUUCACAUAUGUUGAUGUUGUGGUGGUGCUGGAGAUGAUGAAUAUGAAGUGAAACAUUUUUAAAUGUCCCUUUAACUGUAUGUAUGAUAUCCAUUGAGUAUACCAAAAAUUAAGAACUCUUGCUCUUUCCAUGACCGUCUGACCAGGUGAAAGCUAUGAUCCCUUAUUGAUGUCACUUGUUAAAUCCACUUCAAAUCAGUAUAGAUGAAUGGGGAGAAAGGUUAAAGAAGGAUUUUUAAGCAUUGAGAUAAUUGAAACAUGGAUUAUGCACCAUUCAGAGGGUGAAUGUGCAAGACAAAAAUGUAAUUGCCUUUGAACGGGGUAUGUUAGUAGGUGCCAGGUGCACCGGUUUGUGUCAAGAAUUGCAAUGCUGCUGAGUUUCAUGCUCAACAGUUUCCCAUGUGUAUCAAGAACGGUCCACCAACCAAAGGACAUCCAGCCAACUUGACACAACUGUAGGAAGCAUUAGGAGUUAGCAUGGGCCAACAUCCCUGUGAAAUGCUUUCGACACCUUGUAGAGGUGGGGGUGCAACUCAAUGUUAGGACGGUGUUCCUAAGGUUUGGGAUACUCAGUGUAAUGUAAAUGUUGUUUUUACUUUACUGCUUGAAGGCAAAGGACAAAUAAUUUGUGGGUUAUCCUUUUAGUUUAUGCUAACCAAAUCACAGUAUGGUUUCUACAAGGACAGUAAUUACAUUCACAGACAAUGUGUCGAAAACUCUGAAACUUGAAUAAAUAUAUUUUUCUGGC